AUGCCUUUCGAUGAAAAACCACUUGAGGAAGGACUGUCCAAAUCUCAGUCAUCGGCUACUACCGAAUCUCCAAUACCAGUCGAUCUACUUGAAGCAGAACUGGAAAGAAACAAAUCCGCUAUAACAGAGCCAGCUGCUGCAGCCUCCACGCUGGCUCAUAGAAACACUCUCCAAUCUUCCAAAGUACCUUCUUCGAAACUGGGCAGGCUCUUUCAUUACGGAGGCUUAGCAGCAUCUUUAGGAUAUGGAGCAGCUUCAGAAUUCCUUCGUCCAUCUACAUCCUCCGCAAACGCGUCUGGUACACCAAAUCGUUCAGUUCUACUGACUGAUGCUAAUAUCGGUCGUCUGGUGUCGAAACUAUCCCAAAUGAGAGGUGCCGCGCUCAAAUUGGGCCAAUUUUUAAGUAUUCAAGAUACGCAUCUUCUCCCAGCUGAAGUAGAUGCUGUAUUUAGACGCGUCCAAGACUCGGCGCAUUAUAUGCCUGAUUGGCAAAUGGAGCAAGUCUUAAGUUCCGCUUUGGGCCCAUCUUGGUCCACCGAGUAUUUUGAACAUUUCAACCGAAUUCCAUUCGCAGCUGCGUCUAUUGGCCAAGUCCACGAAGGAGUGUUGAAGGCGAAAUGGAGUCCAACCGGCAAAGCGGAAAAAGUAGCAGUCAAGGUUCAGUUCCCCAACAUCCGCGACUCUAUCUCAGCAGAUCUUUCUUAUAUCACCUGGCUAUUGCGCGUUACGCUUGGGGGUAAAAUAUUACCCAAGGGACUAUUUCUCGAUAGGACUAUGGAAGUCAUGAAACAAGAACUGACAGACGAAUGCAACUAUGUACGUGAAGCACAUUUCCUGCAACAAUUUCGUUCGGCGGAAUUUCUAGGAUCUGAUUCUCGUUUCCACGUACCUUGGGUUUCAUCUGUUUCCAGCGAACAAGUACUCGUCAUGGAAUUCGUUGAAGGAGGCGUCAGUCUUGGCUCCGACCUCGUCACAGCAUUGCCGCAGAAAGAAAAGGACAAGAUUGCGACGACAAUCCUUCACCUGUGUUUACUCGAGUUGUUCCGUUUCGGGACAAUGCAAACCGACCCGAAUUACUCCAAUUUCCUCUACGUCCCCGAAACAAAAAAAAUCGCUCUGAUAGAUUUCGGGGCUACACGAGAGUAUGGUCCUGAAUUUCUGGACGGAUGGCGCAGGCUCCUCGAAGCUGCCGCCUCUCUCGAUCUGAACAGCGGUGACUUACAUCAAAACCCUGCUUGGAAUGCGUGUGUCCACGAAAGUGUCUCCCUGGGGUACCUAAUAGGAGGUCCGGGCGAAGGCGAAGGCUUCGAGUCGCCUGAAAUGAUAGAAGCGCAUGUAACGAGUCUUGCUUUAUUGGCGUUCCCGUUCAACGAGAGGACAUCGCAACCUGUGCGGUUUGGAAAGGGAUCUGAGUUUGGGCGGAACACUGAACGGAUACGAGAUCUUAUACCGGUGAUGUUGAGGGAACGAAAGAAGGGUCCGCCAAGGGAGACGUACAGUUUGAACAGAAAGUUGAGUGGAGCGUUUCUGUUGGCGUCGAGGUUGGGGGCAACAAUUCAUGCUCGAGAUAUAUGGGUAGAUGUAUUGUGA